GGUGUCUCUUCUCUUACGUUUUAUCUCGUGCCGAUAUUCAUAGAUCUAAAUGAUGUGGGGAUCAAGCUCUUGAUGCGAGCUACGACCCUUAAAUAGGAUGGACUGGAGAAGAACACGCAGCUUAAGUGCUGUAGUUUUGACGUUGCAAGAGGUGAUGGAGUUGGAUGAAGUAGAGUACUAUAAUGAUGAACGUUCAUCUCCAUGA